AUGGUUAAACUCUCGUCAAACUCUUUUAGGGGUAAAAAAGCGCAGGAAGCUUACGAUAAAACAUUUGCUGGCAAAUACCAGAAGCUUCUAAAAAGAAACCACUUCAUCUUUUUCGGCUUACCCUUCAUGUUGUCAGUGGUGGCUGGAUCAAUCUUCUUACAAAAGUUCACUUCAGUCAAGUAUGAGCGUCACGAUGAGAAGUAUAGACAAAUAGGCGAGAAGGAAAUGUUAGGAAUGAUAGAAAACAAAAGAGAGGUCAACAAAAAGGAUGAUUACUACAGGUUGCAAGGUCUACUUAAAGACCAUACUGAUAGCGUGAAUAACGAUGACUAUGAGAUAGUCAGAGUUGCUAGAAAGAAGGAAGAUGAGCCAGUUUGGUGA